AUGACAAGGGAAUGCCAAGUUUGCAUGUCCACCAACGAUGCCUAUUGUGUUGAUGAAACUUCAUAUUAUUUGUGCUUAGAUGGAAAAAAUCCUUCAAAGGCCCAACUGCACCAAUGUGAUGAAGGACAUGUUUGCACAACAAGUGAAAAUAUUUGCGAACCCAAAAAAGGUGCAAACAACGUUGUUAACAAUCCAGUUUGUGGCAGCUCAUGUAACAAAUGCCCGACAACAGGUCGUUAUACUUGCGUAAGUAAAACUCAAUUUGGACGAUGUGUCAAUGGAGCUAUAACAAUUGUGAGCGCUUGCGAAAAAGGACAGAUUUGCAGCGCCGAUUUGUACGAAAAAACAGGAGCAAUAUGCGCCCCACAAUGUGUAGCCGAUUUCUAUGAGGUCACAGCGACAUGUGGCAAUGCUGAUCUGACCACCACUACUACCACUGUAGCACCAAUUGAUGUGGGACGUCUAAAAGAACAGUGCACGGCAGCAGAAGCUGACCAUCCUGAUGAUAUUAGUUACUUUAUCAGAAAUGCGGAUGACGAAGACUGUACAACAUAUAUUUACUGCGAAAAAUUCGAUGAUGGAAUCGAUGCACUUCUGAUGAUAUGCAAAAAUGGUUACUUCAAUUUGAUUGAAGAAAAAUGCCAAAGUGAACAACCUGAGGAUUGUUCUGCAUCAGGUGCUACAACAGUGCCAACUAUAUAA